AUGCAGCAGCAGGAACAGCUGGAAAGACAAAGAGAGCAUGAGCAAAUGCUUCAACAGCAACAGCAAAAGCAACAAAAUCCAUCACAGCAUCUACUCGACGGUAAUGUGGGCGGUCAUCCUCCUCCCCCUCCCCAACCCUUGGACGAUAUCUGGUUGAGUAACAUUUCAGAGCUCCCAUCGUCAGCCAAUGCACAGUCUGCUUCUUCUAACAGCAGUGUCUAUCCUGAUCCCAUUUAUCUCACCAAUCCCUCCGUCUUCAACAUGCCACCACAGAACUAUAACCCACCUUAUCAGCAAUCGAUACAGCAUCAACAACCUCCACCUCCUCCACCUCCUGGAUUCGAUAUCAACGGACAGCCUGUUCGCAUUCGUAAAAAGCCCGGCAGAAAACCUAAUCCUGCAUCCCCUGCCUUGCGAAAAGCACAAAACCGAGCUGCCCAGCGCGCCUUCAGAGAACGCAAAGAAAGACACCUGAAGGAUCUGGAAACUACUAUCCGCAAUCUGCGUGAACAACGUAACACAGCUACACGUGAAUUAAAUGAAAUGAAAGCUUACUUGGAGUCUUAUAAAGCCGAAACUUGGUACCUCAAGGGGGUCGUUUUAACGUUGCAGUUCAUUUGCAUGCAUCACAAUAUACAGAUUCCGACUCACUCGCCUUAUCUAUCAGAAGAAGCACUGGCAAAGAUGGCCCAAACUGCUCCACAUGCAAUCGAAGCUUAUGUCAAUUCUUACACUCGCAAUAACACCAACUUGAAAUCAACCAUGUCGUAUCAUUUUGUGGAUAAGCAGAUGCACAACAAUCACAGCGAUACACCUCCUAUGGAUCACUCAUCGUCUCCCAUGUCUUCCUCACAGUUUGAAAGUAACCAGACACAAGAAGAGGAACCAGAGGAUCACCAUGCCGAAAGUGAGGAUGAUGAGCAUAUGGAUUUCAUGCACGAGAACUCGGAGGAACCCACCAGUGUAAAACAUGAAUAUGCUCACCCAUCCCAUGUAUCGAAUCAACAGGAUCAACAUACGGCAGAGGAUCAGCAACAAGCAAAACAAACUGCCCUAUCAAACCCACCCAUCUCCAGCGUGGAAGCCAUCCAACACAUUCGAUUAAAGCUGGGUGUACAAUCAACAAUUACAAACAACAGUGCCAUCAAUGAUCAAGCUACUGCUCGUCUUAAACCCACCAUUUUACAGUUAGCCAUUCCUCACGACUCUCGCAUUGAUCUCGUACCUACACCACACAUGCGCGAUCGAAUGAUUAUUUUCAGAGAUCAAAUGGAUUAUGACCGAUGCUUUGCCAUGUUGCUGAACGAAGCUGUGUAUCAUGGCGGCGAUCCUACCAUGAGCGAGAGUUGGGAAUUGCCUGCUGAUUUCUUUAGCGAGUUCUGGUAUUUGACUAUUGACUAUGAUAUCAAAAAGACCAACAAAUGGAGACGUGAAAAGGGGCUGGAAGACGUAGCGCCAGGACCUCAGCUACAUCAACAACAUCAGAUCAUGAGCCUGCUGGAAAACGGUCAAAGUGCAAACUGGAAUAGUGAAGUGUUGAAUCAGAUCGUUAAAGAGAUGCCGGCUCUGCAGCCUAUGGAUGACAAUACGGGAUAUCCAUUAUCCCCGCCCAAGCAAUAUCAAAACGAGAAUGAUUCUACAGAUCAGCAGCAGAAGAUGUAUAAAAAAUUGAUGGGUGGACCACCCGAAUCAAGGCGACAAGUAGCAUCUCCAACCUUGGAAAACAUUAUUGAUUUAAUGAACUCAUCCUUAUAG